AUGUCAGCCAAACAUGACCUUACUGCUCCUGAUGGUGCCUUUCUUGACAACCCCACAGAAUUUCGGACACUAGUGGGCUCAUCACAGUACCUCACGAUUACUCGUCCGGAUAUUACCUUUGCGGUUAAUUCUAUUUCUCAGUUCAUGAGUCAGCCCCAUGUUACUCACUUGGUUGCUGUGAAGCGCAUUCUUCGCUAUGUCAAAGGCACUCUUGGUCAUGGUUUAUUUUUUGCACCUCAACGACAACCAGUUCAUCUCUCUGCUUAUUCUGACGUGAACUGGACCGGCUGUCCUACCUCCCGUCGUUCCACAUCCGGUUAUCUUGUUUAUCUUGGUUCCAAUUUACUCUCUUGGUGCUCCAAGAAGCAGCCUACCAUUGCUCGUUCCAGUGCUGAAUCUGAAUAUCGAUCUCUUGCUCAUGCUUGCGCUAAAACAACUUGGUUGGCCUACCUGUUAUACGAACUCGGUGCACGCAUCCAGUUUCCCAUUUUCCUACACUAA